UCCUUGCCUGAAUCAUCCCUCAGACUCAGAGCUUUCCUCUUCCCAUCUUCUUGUGUUUGUUCUUGUUGUUUGUUUACUACCUCUGCGAGUAAAAGAUGGCUCAGGGAAGAGACAGUGCAGCUCCUUCCGUGAUCCUUGGGCUCACACUUCUCUGCCUACUGGUUCACUGUGAGAUGGCCCGAGCUGCAACCUUCACAGUUGGGGAUGCUGGUGGGUGGACCUUCAACACUGCUGCCUGGCCUAGAGGCAAGCGUUUCCUGGCCGGUGAUUUACUCGUUUUCAAGUACAACCCAGCGAUCCACAACGUGGUUGCAGUAGACAGAAAUGGCUACAACAGUUGCACGGCUCCAAGAGGGGCUAGAACACUCCGAUCAGGGAACGAUCAGAUCAAACUGGCGAGGGGUCAGAACUACUUCAUCUGCACUGUUGCUGGGCACUGUCAGGCAGGAAUGAAGAUAGCUGUGACCGCUGCUUGAUCCAACCUCUGAGGAGCCUCAAGUAUAGCAGAAGACGAGAGAAAGAGAGAGGAGACAAACCAUGGAAGUAAUAGAAAUAAAUAUAAUAUCAAAUAUAUAUUACUGCAAUAGAUGAGUUAGGAGUCUGUGGAGAGGUUCCAGAGUAAUGGGCUUUGUCUGUGAGUCUUCAGUAGAUAGUUGCUUCUAAAUAAAAGAAAUGUUUGUUUUGGUAAAUGGGCCUAAUUGUGAACUGAA